UGUGAGAAACCACUCAGGAAAAGAGGUCACGGUAUGUGAUACGCAUCAGAACAUAGCUCACAAGUACUGCGAGACGUGCGAUGUAGUAUUCUGCAUGGAAUGUUUCGAAGAUCACGCCCAACAUGUAUUUAAACCUCUAGUAGAAAAAGAAGAGAAUUUGAACUCCGAAAUUCAAGGUCAUAUAGGAAGAUUAGAAAAGGAUUCGAAGCCUGUUUUGAAAAGAAAGCAGUUGAUGUCUAACAUUUGCAAUAAAAUGUUAAGAAGCGCUGAUCACACUCAAGAAUCGAGGGAUGUUUUCAAUUUGGUUGCGGAAACAUUUAUGGAUAAGUUCGAUGAUGUUUUCAAAGAAAAUAAGACUAGUUGUUCAAAAAGCAUUGUGGAUUCUAUCAAUAAUUCCAAAAAAUGCUUGGAGUCAGUCGAGGAAAAGCUAAAUGUUUUGAGAGAUUUGGGGCAUUCGCUACCUAUGCAAGGAGUUCAAAAACUAAAUGAGAUCGUAUCGAACUGUGAAGAAGCACUUUCAAGAGCUCCUAUAGAUUCAGAUGAGCAUAUGUACUUGAUGCCUCUUCAUCUGAAAAAGAAACUUCCGGACAAAAUGUUAUUUGAAAUAGCAGCAAAAAUGCUAGAAUUGUUGCAGUUUCCAGAGCUGGUACGGUCAAAAGUUAUAAAACCAGCAGGUAUCGCUAUAAGUCCCGAAAAACGCAGGAAUCAAAAGCAAGGACUGCUAACUUAUAACCACUCUUUAAAUGGUAGAAUUUUCUGUAUUUCGAAAUCGGGAGAAAAGAAAAUAAGCUUUUCAUUGCAUCCAAAUUUAACUUCUGUGGCUAAAAAAAGCAAGGCGAUUAUCGAUGAGAUUCGGUAUGAAGAUAUUAAGUCGGCAUAUUGCUACGAAAACUUAAUGGUGCUAAAUUUGAUCGGUUCUGAAAAGAUUGUAAUUGAUAUAGAUGUCUCCGAAAUUGUCAAGAAAUAUGAUGCAGUAUCGGAACCAUUGUUGACUCCUGAAGUUCUUUUUGUUUAUCCAUCCCAUGAAAAUGACUGCGAAUGCAUUUUCUAUGAGCCAAACUUAUCAUCUAUUCGCUUAUCAGGCGUGAAUUUAAGUGCCUUGUCAAUUGAUGGUGUGGCGAGGCCUAAGUGCUUAGACUUGCACUUUGAAUUUAAAGUUAUGGCGUAUGCAGACUUCUCUGAUUCUGUUUGGAUUCUGUCUCUUAUCAGCAAAAAGCAGCUGAAAAUUGAGAAAGAACUGCAUGGGUUAAACACAGUCGACGAGGUUCACUUCUUGGGCGACAGAACUCUACUUCUCUUUGAGAAUGAAUCACGGAUAGUUGUAGCUUUGACUGAAGAAAUCAAAGAGUCCUCCUGGAAACUUUCCAGUGUUCAUCGCCUAAAUGAAGGAAACUUCAUCAGUGAUUUCAUAAUAGAAGGCGAUUUUCCUGUUCUCGCCGAUCCGAAGUUAAAGCAGCCACAUAACUGCGAAAAUGCUUCGAUUGUUUGUUGUUGCAAGAAAGGGAAGCAUGUAGAUGGAACGGCGAAGAAAGUCAGACGGGUGGACUGUUGUAAUUUUGAACCAGUUGACUCGUUUGAAAUAGUUUUUGCGAACAAGUACUACGCGCGCUUCAGUGCAUGUCGUCAUUCGGAUUCGAUGACGUCACAAACACGAGACCAAAACUUGGGUACUUCUGCCUCUUCCUCGUCUUCUAUAUGAUUGACAGCUAUGUAAUAAUGGUGCUUAAUGUAUAACUUUAAGUUAAUGCCAAUACAAGCCUUCAACAUUUUAUUUUUUCCAAGAAAUCUAUUUAUUU